AGAUCUACAAUAAAAUCACUGACUGGAUGUUUAGGCAGGAAGUUUGAGGUAGGACAGAGUCCAAAGUCCCUGUCUGAGGUAACAGAGUCCAUACACUUCAAGAGACUGAAGAAGCGUCUUUUAUGGCCAGCAGAUGAAGCGGUGACAAAGUAUCCAACCCCAAAGAGGCACUUGAGAUCGCUUCCAGUGAUUUCUAUUUCAUAUUGACAUUCUUCUAUCGCUGUUUAUCUUGUUUAUGGAUUUAUUGAACUCAACGAUCAAACGUUAUUGAUGUAAAGAUACUCGGAAACAAAAUGGAUACAUGACUUCGGGAUCGCAGACCACUAUCUCGAUAUCUCUCAAUCAGAUUCUGACAACCUUUGUACCGAUAUAGAUAACAAUCGAUCACACUUGUCGUUUGCAAGGAUCAGGGUGUGAAUUUACGUACGGACGAAGCACGUGGAGUAACAAUAAGCGUUGCCACGCAACGCGCCAAUAAAACUCUGACAGGUGGACUCCGAUCGCGAUACUGAUUAUGAUAAGAUUCGUUGCGCACGCACCGUGUUGAUAGCUGCGAGCAAUCACCCGUAUCUUUUGCGUGCAGUGGCGUGUGUGAUCUUUUUUUUACCCCUUGUGUGCGCGCGUCAACGAUAUCAUCAUGCCUUUUUCGUUUCGAAUCGGUAAAGACGGCAAAGCCGAUCAGACUGCUAAUCAACCGUCGGAAGAAGCAAACGAAAUGGGAAAUGGCGCGGGCCUGCAUAGUAAGCAGGCGCGCUCGGACGCGGGAGGCGGAGGCGGCGGGGGCAAUGGCGCCGCACCGCACAAGAACAACACGGGUUCGAAUCUCAACCACAAGCCCACCCCGGGCACCCAGGAGGUGACGAAGCUCGAGGUCCGGGUCCACGAGCUCCAGCUCCAGCUCAAGGAGUGCCAUGAGGAGCUUGCGAUACGGAAGGCCAUGGUGGAGGAGCGGGAUGAUGAACUCGAGAGAGUCAGGGAGGAGGUUAAUAAACUCAGGGCUGUGCUCAGCCAGAAGAAUACAGGAGUUAUUGACGGGUCUGGGGGUAAGAAACUCGCCGUUUUAUUGGAGAAUAAGAGGAACAAGAAACAGGGUGUGUCCGGUGAAAGCGGGGGUAUGCAGACCAGCGUUCAGGUACAAGAUACAGAACUUAAGAGACACCCGAAAGAUUCCACUGCUAAGCAGCUGAUACGAGAUGCGAUCGUCCUCAAUGACUUCACAAAGAAUUUCGACAUCUCCCAGACCCGUGAAAUAGUGGAUUGCAUGUUCCCGAUCAGUUAUAAGAAGGGAGAGAUAGUCAUCAAUGAGGGCGACACAGGGGCUCAUUUCUACGUUGGGGCAGUGGGUACCCUCCAGGUCAGUCAGGGGGAUCGUAUCCUCGCCACCAUGGGUCCAGGAAAGGUCUUCGGUGAGCUGGCCAUCCUCUAUAACUGCACAAGAACUGCCACAGUCACAGCCAUCACCGAUGCACAGGUAUGGGCGAUCGAUCGAACCGUGUUCCAACUGAUUAUGAUGAAAACUGGUAUGCAGCGACACGAAGAGUAUUUCAACUUCCUUAAGAGUGUGCCUUUGCUCAAAGAUUUGUCUUCCGAUAAUCUCUUCAAGUUAGCGAACAGUUUGGAGAUAGACUACUUCCAUGAAAAUGAAUAUAUCAUAGUGGAGGGUUCCAGGGGUGAUACUUUCUACAUCAUUAGCAAAGGGGAGGUCCGGAUAACCCAAUCCGUCCAAGGUCAAAAGGAUCCGCAAUUGGUUAGAACACUCAAGAAAGGCGAUUUCUUCGGCGAGAAAGCUCUCCUUGGCGAGGACGUCAGAACGGCAAAUGUCUUGGCGAAUACGGGCGGCUGUGAGUGCUUAGCCGUUGACAGAAGGUCUUUCAACGAAUUGAUUGGGAACAUCCAGGCCCUCCAGAACAAGAAUUAUGGAGACAAAGAAAGGGGAGCUACAAGAUUGUUUGAAGGAGAGGACUCUACUGACUUUGACCCAAUAAAGGGGCUAUUAAAAUGGAUAUCGAAAGUCACAAAACGCUGGUUUAAUCGACAUCAGGAAGAGAUGAGAUUAAUAUCAAGCUCGGAGAUGGACAAUACUGAGAUCGCACGAGUGAAACCGAUACAGGAUGAACUAGCAUCGAUACACCUGAACGAUCUCGAUAUCGUCGCUACGCUCGGUGUUGGCGGGUUCGGACGGGUUGAGCUGGUUCAAUUAGCUGGUGACAAGAGAACAUAUGCCCUCAAAUGUUUGAAGAAACAUCAUAUCGUCGAGACUCGUCAACAGGAACAUAUCUUCUCAGAGAAGAAAAUCAUGCUGGAAUCCAGCUCCCCCUUUAUCGUCAAAUUGUUCAAGACGUUCCGUGAUAAGAAGUAUAUAUACAUGCUAAUGGAAGUCUGUCUUGGCGGAGAACUGUGGACCAUUCUAAGGGACAAGGGUCAUUUUGAUGAUCGGACUGCAAGGUUCUGUACUGCUUGCGUGGUUGAAGCAUUCCACUACUUGCACAGUCGGGGUGUUGUUUACCGAGAUCUUAAGCCUGAGAAUCUGCUACUUGACAACAAGGGCUACGUCAAAUUGGUCGACUUUGGGUUUGCAAAGAAGAUCGGAUUUGGUCGCAAGACCUGGACCUUCUGUGGUACGCCUGAGUACGUUGCACCGGAAAUCAUCCUCAACAAAGGUCAUGACCUGUCAUGCGAUUACUGGUCCCUUGGUAUCCUGAUCUUUGAGCUGCUAACCGGAAACCCUCCAUUCAGCGCCACAGAUCCCAUGAAGACGUACAAUGUCAUUCUAAAGGGCAUCGAUAUCGUGGAGUUCCCACGCAAAAUCCCACGUAGUGCAGCGAACCUCAUAAAGCGUCUGUGCAGGGAUAACCCCGUCGAGAGAAUCGGGUACCAAAAGAAUGGGCUCGCCGAUAUCAAGAAGCACAAGUGGUUCCAAGGUUUCGACUGGGAAGGCCUCAGAAAACAAGAGAUGCCACCCCCGCUACCUCCAAAGGUGAAAGGACCAGAUGAUUGCAGUAACUUCGACAGCUACCCGAAAGACGUCGAGAUGCCACCCGACGAAACGUCCGGAUGGGACGAACAUUUCUAAACGGGAGCCGACGGCACCCGAGGACUAAACGAUCACCUCCGAUGAAACGUCCAGAUGUGCAUUCGGAUGGAAGGAAUAUUUCGAAACGGGAGCCGACAGGCAUUCGAAGACAAAACGAUCGCCGCCGACGAAUUCUUUUUUUUAUAUAUAUAGACCCGGAACGGAACAGUGAUUUUAUCGUCUGAGCCGUGUUUAUGGCGACAAGGGGUUAACGGAAUGGUCGUGGUUUGUGUCGGACAUUCUUUAGCCAAGACUUGGAGUAUCGCACACCAUUUUUACAUUUAGUUUGCAGACAUUAAGACAUUUUGACUGCACUGAUCUUCAAAGCUGGGCAUUGAUGGAUACGCUGCCUGCAUGGUCUGAGAUGUACCAUGACUUGAGAAGAUGAUUCGGAAACUGACGCUAUUCUCGCAAAAUGUGAACAUCCAGUGUAAAUGCCACAGAUAAAGACUGGAAAAUUCAGAGAAGAUGCGCGAAGACCUCAGAGAGGAUAUCUCAUUUGGAACUCAAGAGGUGCAAUGUGUAAGGACUACAUUGCAAAAUAAACGAAAUUUGGAUCAGAGUACAGAGGCAUACGGAAGACAGUGCACAAGACAAGACGAUUCUCAACUUUCUGGGGACAACCAUAUUUGAUUGCAUAUCUGUUGCAUAUUUAUCAUAUUGGAUUAUGUCCCCCCUUAAGGAAAGAUUGGACUUUUGUUUAUUUUUUUUUCUUCAGGAAAAUGACUGAUGUAGAUAUAAUCAGGUAAAGCUAUACAUUGCCAGUGAUGUCUAAGACAGAAGUAUGUGUGGUAAGAGUAUUGUGUAUAGGUAACGAAACUACAAAGGAACCUGUUCUACUACAUUGUUUUCGUCAUUGUUAUUAUCAGGUACACUUGCGAUAUGCUUAAUCGCAAUCAAAAAUUUUGGUAAAAAUAGGCCAACUCAAAACGAGAAUGUUAGAUGUAAUUUCAAAGAGGCGAAAUUUUAGGCUUUACGCCGGGCGCCAUUUUUUUCUUCAAGUGACAGCACGUGUUAUAAGUACUAAAAAUUGACAUUUGUAUUGUGCAAACCUUGGCACUGAAAAAAAAUAAUGAUUUUCCGAAGGACUUAAUUCAAGUAUUAAAUGCCUUGCAAAAGCUUUACCUGACGUUGCACUAGCUGAUGUACUCGAAAGCAAAGUGGUAUCACAGUUGAGAAAUGUAAAUUUAAAACCAGAUUUGAAUAUUAAUUGGAUUUAUAUUUUUGAAAAUCAAGUUUUAAAUUGAUAUUCCAGAAGUGCAAUACAAAGCACUAUUCAUAUGCAUUAUAUCACCGGGCGUGUUUCGUAACGAGUUGCAAUUAACCUUGCCAUUUUGUUAACUACCAUGUUGAUUUUGUUUGCCUGAUGAACUUUGUUACCACGGUAGUUGCCAUUGUAUCAAAGUUACUUUAGCAACCGUUCAUGAAACGUGAAAUGUUUUGUGGUAGGUUAUUGUCUUUUCUAGGAAAAUGACAUAUUAUUCUAAAUCACUCCACUGAGGCAUUAUUGUUUUACGCACAGCACAAGUAUAUGCCAAAACAAACAUUUAUUGCAAUUUUUAAAGUAUGCACUCCGCGGCAUACGCAUGUUAGCAGGGCUUGUUCAAACAUGUAUAUAUUUAUUAUGAAUACUUCAGCAACAUGUAAAUAUGGCUCUGUAUAUAUUUAUUCUAAAGAGAUGGAUUUUCCCAUUAUGAUGCCAUUUUAUAUUUAAUAGCCUUGUUUUAUUUGUGCGGGUACAAAAAGAGACAUUUCGAGUAAAAGAUUUGUCAUUUAAUAAUUUGCGUCUAUUCUGGUAUAGUGGAAUGGACCUUCUAAUUUUUGUACUCAAUUUUAAAAAUAUUAACAAAAAUAAAUGGUCUAUAAUUUUACUGAGUAUAGUACUAGUAUUAUAAAAGGGAAUAGGUGUUUCAACUGUUUUAAGUUGAAUUAGCUGUAUCAGUAUGAUUAUAUUAUUCUGUAGCAAUCAAUUUUAAACCAGAAACGGUUUUAUUUCAGGAUGAAUCCGUAAGUAUACACAUGUAUCGUAUCGUAUAUGACAUUGGAAAUUUAUAUGUAACUGAUUUUAUGUAAUUGCUCUCCGAACAAUGAAGUUAAUGAGAGCAGAGAAAAUAUAUUUAUUCUUUUUAAUACUGAUAUGUGUCUUAUUACUGCAUUUGUCAUUGUGGCGAUAAGAGCUACUUCUAUCGUUUGUGUUUUUGAGCCAGAAGUACUAGUACCAUUUUUAUUCCCAAUCAGAGUGGAAAAAAUAUUAUUGCCGCUCAGAUCCGCUUUCGCAGAAUAAGGGACCCUCAAAUUGUAUACCUGUUUUUUUUUUUUAGGUUUGAAUGGAAAGCUACAAAUUGCUGUUGCAAGCUACUGAAAACAUUAUGUUUGAUUUGACGAGGGAAAAAUCGUCAUACAAUUUCUGGCAUUUCUUAACACAAGUUGCGUCAAAUAAUGAAAGACACAUGUGCGUAUAUAAUUGUUCUAUAUACAAGUAUUUAUUGAUAUUAUAAAAUGCUUUUUUAAUCAUGUUUCUUUCAAAUAUACUGCAUUAUUUUAUAUUUCAAAAUCAUGUCUCGGAUAUUUGCAAUCUGUGAUAAUUACUAAAUUGCUUCUUUUUAUAUGAAUAUACAGGCGACUUUGAAACAAUUUAUAUAAUUGUAAAUAAUAUAUUGAACGAUCGUUAAUGUAUGUGUGCUAUAAUAAUUAUCAUAUGGGGAUAUAUCUAGAGAUAGUACAUGACAUUCGUUUAAUGUAGUAUACUGAUUAGGAAACAAUGAGGUAUUAAUUCUCAGUCAUUGAAAUCAAGAAUAUAUCAUUACAAAGCACUUUUAUUGAAUAUACAUUAUUUAUCACAACUAUGAAGUGAAUAGACAAUAGAAUGAGAGGAAUUAACUAUAGUACUAUUAUCGCGACUACUACUAUUAUACUUUAAUUCGAUAGAUCCCUUCUAAUUUUGUGUAUCACUUCCUUAUUUCCGAAAUUGAACAAAACGAGAAGAACAAUUUUUUUCUGGCUAUACUCUAUACUUGAAAAUGAUAUGAAUUUGGGAGAGAUAUAUAUAUAUAUUAUCACGUGAAGGGGAAAAUGUGUUUUUUUGUAUCUGGAUAAUAACUGAUGUGUAACAUUGAAUAAAGUUAAUGGACAUGGUUCGUUGUUCAAGUUCAAACAA